GUAACAAUUAAAAAAAGAAAAGAAAAAGAAAAAGGAAGUUUCAGACUUGAGAGCGCAACAGAGUCGCGUACCAAGAAAAUUACCAAUACCAUUGUCCAAUCCAAUCCCAACGGAAUCAACAAUGCGAUAGAUCUCCUCACCCAUUCCUCACUCCCUCAGAUCCCAUUUCUAAACCAAAAACCAAAAAUCCAAAAUGUCACACAGCGACACCAUACCUCUCCACCAAUCUUCCCAAUCGGACAUUGACGAGAUCGAGAACCUAAUCCACGCCAGCGUCCAAUCCAGCUCCGCCACCGUCCUCCCCGCACGUCCCCCAAGUCCGCCGCGCGCUUCCAUCCCAAUCUCAUCCUCUCCUUCUCCUUCUCCCUCCCCCUUCAUCUCCUCCAACCUCCCCCCUCUUCCCCCGACCAAUCACAAGGUGCCAUCUGUCCCCACCGCCCCUCCCCCGCCUCCCCUUCCCUCCUCCUCCUCGCGCGGCGUCGCUCCCACCGGGUUCGGACCUGCCCCGAACACCCUCACCGAGCCCGUGUGGGACACGGUGAAGCGGGAUCUGUCGAGGAUCGUGAGCAAUUUGAAGCUGGUGGUGUUUCCGAAUCCCUAUAGAGAGGAUCCUGGAAAGGCUUUGCGUGAUUGGGAUCUUUGGGGUCCUUUCUUCUUCAUUGUCUUCUUGGGCCUCGCUCUUUCUUGGUCUGCCUCCGUCAAAAAGUCUGAGGUUUUUGCUGUUGCGUUUGCGCUUCUUGCUGCUGGUGCUGUAAUUCUGACAUUGAAUGUACUACUACUGGGUGGACACAUAAUCUUCUUCCAAAGUCUAAGUUUGCUGGGUUAUUGCUUGUUCCCUCUGGAUGUUGGAGCUAUAAUCUGCAUGUUGAAGGACAAUGUGAUAUUGAAAGUGAUUGUGGUAUCUGUGACGUUGGCAUGGAGCUCCUGGGCUGCAUACCCUUUCAUGAGUUCAGCAGUCAACCCUAGGAGAAAAGCCCUUGCACUCUAUCCUGUUUUUCUCAUGUAUGUAUCUGUUGGUUUUCUCAUCAUUGCCAUUGAUUAAAACAUUAGCAAUGCUCAUUAUAGAGACUCCCAUAAGUAUUAUAAUAGGAAUUUCAUGUCAUGUUAAAUACUCUCAUGUUACUGUAAUUUUUGACUUCUGAGUUGAUGUGUUUGUUGACAAUUCUGCCGAUAUUAUAUACUAGUUGUAUGAAACAGUGUAUGUGAUUCUUUA